AUGUCCUAUCGAUCAACUUUACCAAAGUGGUAUAUUAAUCCAUUGCUCAAUCAUGGUUUAAAUAUUUGUACAAUGUGCGGUUCACAAUCUUACGUGGAUAUUCGCAUACCGAUUUGUCCUGGAUGUGAUGGAAUUAUCGCAGAUUCUCCACGAAAUGCUCGUUAUGAACACCUCUGUGCGAAUUGUAGUCGAACACGUACGAUAUGCAGAUCCAUUCUUUGUUUCUAUUCGGUCUUAUUCGCUACGACAACAUACGCGUUUCCAAUAACUAUUCAAUUAACUCAAGGACAACUCGCUUCACAAUUAGCUCUUGCCGCUGUUCAAACUGGACAAUUGACAUCUGCUCUAUCAGGUAGUGCUGCUCUCAAUAAUUUAAAUAAUUAUGAUCUGAGUGGACAUGCAAAUGUAAGUGUUCCAAUCUACAAUGGAGGAUCUAAUCAACCAUCUGUCGGUAUUGGUGGCACUGCUGAUGCAAGUUUUGGUUCGAAUAAUGGACAACUAUAUGGACCGAACCCGAACUAUGAUGUUGGUCUUGGAAUAAAUAUUCCAUUGGGAAAGAAAUGA